AUGGCAGAGAUCAGGGAGGAGACCGCGAGGGCCGGGGAGGGUGAGAGGCUGAAGAUGCUGCACGAGGAGGCGGCUCACCCGAGGAGCAACUCCGGCAUGGACCCGGGGGACCCGAGGAGGAAGGCAAUCGAAGCGGAGGAGAUGAGAGACAGGACGGCGGUGGAAGCAGGCGAGGAGGACUACGAGGCCGACAUGGCUGCCAAGUUCCGCCAUCGCUGGGAGGAGCGAUGGUCCGGCUAUUUCGGCUCCUUUGAGGACACCAUUUCAGCUUCUUCUUGCUUCGAGUGCUCAUUGCAGGGCUGUCAGGUGCAACACUCCUCUUGCUUCGAGUGCCCAUUGCAGGGCUGUCAGGCGCAACAGAUAUGGCCUUUGAUCUACAUUAAAACAUCAGAUUACAUACUAUGAUGAUCCUCGCAGAAUAUACGUUGCUAACUUACACAUUGUCAAAGAAACAUUUCAUUGAAGAUUGUGCAGCUUUCAUACCUUGUAGAUUUAGAGGUGGUCUUUGAUGAUUUCGACUUGGCGACAUUGUCUUCAAUUGCAUCACUCGGACAUAGAAGUAGAGGCAGUGCAGUUUCAGUUUCGAUUGAACAUGGAAGAACAGCCUUUGUAAUGGGUUUUUUCUUUCUUUUGUCCCUGCAUUAGUUUCACAUAUUAGCAUCAUUAGGACAAGAUUAUGAUAAAAACAGUAAUAUUGAAGCAAGCACUACCUUUUUUGCUUUGCUACUUCAGCAUAGGCAGCUAGUGCUUCCGGAGCAGCAUCUUUACAGCUUUGCCAUCUAUGUCCAUAGGCCUUGCAAAUUGGACAUUGGUGCUGGCCUUUAUUUC